AUGCCUGAGUUCGCGCUCACCGGGCUGGCUUUCCUGGUGUUUACGUUGGACCUGUUUUUGCCGGAGCGGUCGAAGGAAUGGCUGGCCGGAUUGUCGGUGUUGGGCUUGAUCGGAGUCGGCGCAAUCGCGCUGCUGAUGCUGCCGGGCCGCAAUGUCGAAUUGUACGGCGGGUUGCUGGCAGUGGAUGGUUUUGGUCUGUUUUUUAAGGUGUUCUUCCUUGCCAUCGGCAUCGGCAUCAUCGCGAUUGCUCUGGAAUAUGGAAAAGCGCGACUGCAGCAUCGGGGCGAGUUUUACGGAUUGCUGCUGUUUUCCAUCCUGGGGAUGAAUUUGAUGGCCAUGUCCCGUGAGCUGCUGACGGCAUACAUUGCCCUGGAACUGUUGUCCUUCAGCCUGUACGUGUUGGUGGCCUACGGACUGCGGGAAGCCCGUUCCAACGAAGCUGGCAUCAAGUACAUCAUUAUCGGGGCGUUGUCGUCGGCGGUGAUGUUGUAUGGAUUGAGCAACAUCUACGCCGCCCUGGGUACUACGUACUUUUCGGGAAUAGCGGCAGCGUUAUCAUCGCCGGCCACCGACAAUCCCGUAUUGUGGGUGGGACUCGCGUUGCUGAUAGUGGGACUGGGGUUCAAAUUGUCGGCGGUGCCGUUCCACAUGUGGGCGCCGGAUGCCUACGAAGGCGCUCCGCUUCCGGUCACGGCGUACCUGGCCAUCGGCUCCAAGGCCGCCGCUUUCGCGCUGACGCUGCGCCUGUUGGCUGAAGCAGUGGCGCCGGCUGGUGACCGGUGGGCGGACUGGCAGUUGGUAAUCGCGGUUCUGUCCGCCGUUACCAUGCUGGUGGGUAAUCUGGUGGCGCUGGCGCAGAGCAAUCUGAAGCGGUUGAUGGCAUACAGCAGCAUCGGGCACGUGGGAUACACCCUUGCCGGAAUCGCGGUGUUGGGCGACGAUUUUGCCCUGGCGGCGAAGGCCGUAAUCUUCUAUCUCGUGGUGUAUGCCAUCACGAACCUGAUCGUGUUCGCCGGUUUGGCGUCGUAUUACAACAGCACGGGAAAGGACAACAUAGCCGAUCUGGCGGGACUGGCUGACCGGCAGCCGUUCACCGCUGCCGUACUGGCAAUCGGCCUGUUCUCGCUGGCAGGUUUGCCAAUAUUCGCCGGGUUCACGGCAAAGUUCUACCUGUUCGCUGCCGUGGCGGAUGGUGGUUUCCUGUGGCUCGCCGGGGUGGCGAUUUUCAGCAGCCUGGUUUCGUUGUAUUACUACCUGCAGGUUCUGAGGCAGAUAUACAUCGAGCCGGCAGCGCCGGAAUCCGGAACGGAGGGCGACGCCGCGGCCGAACACGGUGGAGGUCAUCAUGAUGCCGAGCCGGAGCAGGAUUCGCUUCCAGUGCCAAUGCUGCCGCGUCCGUCGAUCACAUUGUCCGCCACCAUGGGCGUGGGUGUCCUGGCAGUUAUAUGGCUGGGAAUAUAUCCGGCGCCGUUACUGGCUGUCAUUGAGUUUGCCAGCUCGGCCAUACUACCAAUGGGAUAA